AUGAUUUUCGACACGGCUUUUCCAUGUCAGAUCCCCUUUGACAGCUGCUCAAUUCACGCUGUGGCAUCAAUUCUCUCAACAACCCUCAGCGUCUUCUGUUCCCCUAUUCCAACAUCAAUUUUGUCAAAGGCACAAAAGAUUGAUAUCAUCAAUUUGACCCAGAAUAAUCGUGGCCUCGUCCACGCGGGUCAAAAGCAAGAGGGCGGGGAAAACGCUCUCGGCCCAUUGGGUCUGAACAUCAGCGGCAACGACUUCUCUCAAAAGCCCUCCAGUGAUAAAGAGGAUAAUCACAGGGCUGUCGAGCCUCAAUACGUGGAGGGCUUCAAGCUCUUCCUUAUCAUGCUCUCCAUCAACAUGGCCGCUCUUCUCACCGCACUAGAAAUAGGCAUCAUUUCUACUGCGAUUCCGCAGAUCACCGACGAAUUUCAUUCUCUGAGUGAUGUAGGAUGGUAUGGAUCUGCGACAUUCUUCAUUGUUGCCGCGACCUCGGCGUCAUGGGGAAAGUCGUACAAGUACUGUAACGCCAAGUGGGUAUUUCUGAGUUCGUUGGCAUUUAUCAUGAUCGGAAGCAUUCCUGCCGCUGCGGCUCCAAACAGCAGGUCCAUCAUCCUCGGCCGGGCAAUCCAAGGUCUAGGAAUCGCUGGUUCUAUGAAUGGCUCAAUCAUUGUCAUCAACUUUGUUUCUCACCCCAGUCAACACCCUCUGCUCAUCGGCAUUUGGACAGGCGUCUUUAUGGUUUCAACCAUCCUUGGGCCUAUCAUCGGCGGAGCUUUCACGAGCGGAGCCAGCUGGCGAUGGUGCUUUUGGAUCAACUUGCCGCUGGGGUUUCCUAUCAUCACUCUACUGGUGUUGCUCCUACAUAUACCGGAACAUAUUAAGCCAGCUCCAGGGACAUGGAAAGAAAUCUUAAUGCAGCUGGAUUUUCCAGGCUUGUUCGCCUUGCUGGCAUCACUCGUGUGCCUCACAUUGGCCAUGGAAUGGGGCGGCCAGACCAAAGCAUGGAGUGACGGCCCGGUCAUCGCAACUUUGAUAAUGUCCAUUGUUUUGUUCAUGGGCUUCGUUUCAAUUGAACAUUUCCAAAAUUCACGAGCUAUGAUUCCUUUGAGAUUGCUCAAGCCACGCAUUGCAUGGGUUAAUGCUUUGUACAAUUUUAUCUCCAACUCUGCAUUCUACCAGGUCAUGUUCUACCUUCCAAUAUAUUUCCAAUCGAUUAAAGGCCAGUCCGCCAUCAUGAGUGGUGUCUAUACGCUGCCAUAUUUGGCGUUCUUUGCUCUGGGCGCCGUGUGCAGUGGUACAUUGAUUGGGUAUACGAGAUAUCUAAUGCCCUACCAACUUGUCAGCACGCUCCUAAUGACUGCUGGAAUGACUAUAUUAUACAUGUUUGAUGUCGAAACUCCGAAAGCUUGGUACGUUGGUGCUCAAGUCCUCUUCGGCUUUGGCGUUGGCUUCGGGAACCAAGUUCCCGUUACCGCAGUACAGGGCUUAUCAAAACCUGAGGAUGUGCCCAGCUCUACAGCUCUUAUGUUCACAUGCCAAUCUAGUGCCGGGGCUGUCUUUAUUGUUGUGGCUCAGGCUAUCUUCGCAAACCGCCUGCUACAUACCAUUGCGACCACGGCUCCAAAUCUAGACCCUGCAAUUGUUCUAGGCAUAGGAGCGUCCGAAAUACGUAAUGUCUUCAACGCUGCGGAUUUGGACCAUGUUAUGAACGCGUACAUGGUUGGAAUUAGGGAUGUGUUCGUCUGCUCUCUGGCCGGUGCAACUUUGUCUGUUCUUAUCAGCUUGUUGAUACCUUUGAAAAGACUGCCGGAUCACAUUAAUGGAACGGGGAUGCUUGCCGAUCUGGAAUCGAGAGAAACUGAAGUCCGUUGA